CUCUCUCUUCACUACUCUUCCUGGUUUUACAACUGGAUGUCACAGAGCCUGUAAAGCGGUUUGUGAAACAACUCCAAAGUUGUCGGGACACAGGAGGAGGAUGAACUCCUUGGUGGAUAAACGGCAGCCGGAUGAAGUUUGCCCACAUUUUCAAUCUUGUUUGAGGAAAUGAUAAAGGAAGGUGAUGUUUUUCGGGCUGCGGGAACAGGGACGCUGCUGCUGCUGCUCUAACUGAACAGGCUAGCUGCCCCCGCUAGCUGCUGCUAGCCUGUUAGCUCCGAGCUGUCGGUACUCCGGUAGUUUUAGCGGUGAGUGAGUUUCAAACGCCGACAAGCUCGGUCAAGUUUCACCACAGGCGAACCGAAAGGACUCCGAGUGUUACAGAAAGGACAUCAUGGAGAACAAGGAUAAAGUACAGAUGAGGAAUAACCCUCGCAGGUAAGCUAAAGAUGAAAACAGAGGGGUGAAGAUGUGAGAGACAUCCUCAUUGAUUUGAUGUGUCUGAGCCUGGUGUUUGGGUCGAGUUAGCCGGCUGAAAAUUAGCCUGAUAACCUGGUCCAAACAAUUUAGCAGCUUCUAAAUGAACUGAAUUAUUAUCCAACCGACUCUUAUAGAAAUGAACGAAAAACUUCACUAAACUUAGCUCAUUUAACUCAACAGAUAUUCAUUAAACUUUUCCAUAUUUCUCAUGAGCUCUGCUACUUUUUAAUAAUAACAAUAAUAAUGAAAAUACAUCCAUUCAUAUGGCAUCUUUAAAAACAGAUAUUUACUUGGACACACGAGAAUCCAAGCAUUAAAAGUGCCAUAAGUAAGACCACUGUAAAUUGAGAAAUAGCCUUAUCAUUUGAUCACUUAGAUGUGUCAUGUCAAACAAAUCUAAUCCUGUCCAGGAUUACAUGAGUCCACCUCUCAUUGAAUCAGUGUGUGUCUUGAUGUGUCCUGUCAGAUCUCUGAGCUUUGUCACUAUCAAAGCCUGUUGAUCCAAUUUAAUGCCUCAAAUCUAUCUGUAGAUCUUGCUUUAGCUGCUGUAAUCUCUCUGUAGGUUUAACUGGAUCUACUUAAAGCAUGCAGAGGUGCACAAAAUCAUGUUUGCAGAUUAGUGUCAAAUCUGGAUUAUUGUAGAAGUAAACUGUAGGGACACAAGUGCUCAAAGUGUUGUGUCAACACACACUGAUUCUACAAGUGACAUGCUGUCAAUGUCCAUGGGAGAGAUUAACAUCAUCUGUCGAAUGAGAAAUGUCUCAUUGGGUUUUAGUGUUAGGGUGGCAUCCACAUGGAAUCCGCAUCUUGUUACCUGACAAAAUUGUACAUUCGCAUAACAGUUUCAGGACUUCUUGUUGGAACUGGAGGAUGGCUCCAAGAGGAUUUGUGCAUUUUUGCCCAGAGACUGUCAUGUAUGUUGGUUGAACCCAGCAGGGGGACUGUUUUUAAGGUUUCUGUUGGUGUUGUUGAACCAGUAACUUAUCAAAACCUAUGAGAUAAGAGACUUUUCACCUGCUCUGAUGUGUCUGUGAAGUUUUGGGGAGUGUCAAAUACAGGUAGUCAACUAUGUGAUUAUGUACGAGAAGUCAUAAGAAAGGAAAAAUAAUCUUCCACUAGGGCUCUCAACUUCAGGUGCUCGCACCUUAGUUAUGCUAUGAAUUUUAUUACAGGACUGCUAUUAACUGUAUACCAACAGCAGCCAGACUGACAAGGCUGCCUGCAUUGUCUGCAGGCAUUAUAUUUAUUUAUUCAUUAUCCUCUUUGUGAGCGCUUAUGUUUUUGCUUAAUUGACCUCACCAGCUAAUGGGCGUAGCUCUACUUUGUUAUGUCAAAGUAUUGGCUGUAGGGCUGCACCGAUUAGUCGACGUUGACAAAUAGCGAUAAUGAAUCCCGUUGUCGACUAUUGUCACCAGAUGUAUUUUUUUUCAAUGAAGUGAUGGCGUCUUCAUUACGAUCUCUGUCUAGAGUCACACAUGCGUAAUAGCAUUUUCACAGAGUGAUAGGGUAUUCAAACAUGGCGGCGCCGGCGUCCCAUACUACAGCUGCGAGUACACGCCUAUAAACCAAAGUUUGGGCACUUCAACCUAGAUAAGGCGAAAAUGUUAUAUUUAAGAAAAAAUUCAUAAUUGUCCGAUUAGUCAGCUAAUCGUUUCAAUAGUAGUUUGUUGUGUUGUUUUUAAGCAUGUAGCAUCAAAAAGUGUCAAAGUAUUGAAAAUUUAGGCAAUCUAAGUCAGAUUCUUUCCCUGUACACUUCAAGCAAUGUCUGUUUUCUCAUGUUCACAUGAGAUAAAACCACAUCUUUUCAAGAACAAGGUUGAUAGAAUCAUAAUUGAGUCAAGCAAAUAUUUCUCUAAUUUCCACACCUGUUUCAUGUUCUUGUGCACCUCUGGCUCUAAGAUAUGACUGUGUAGUUGUAAUGCAGAUUUAUGCACUACAACUCUGCCUCCUCCUAUCAUAGCCUGUAUAUACUAUGGACAACUUGGUUCUGCCUUCCGCCUGAAUACGGAUUUGAAGCCAAAAAGCUCUCGGUAUUUCCAGGAUUUUUCUUCAUUUCCUGAAACCAGCGCUGCGCAGUAGCGAUGUGUGCAUUCGGCCGGGAGAGUCGCCAAGAGUCGCUGUGAUGACGCUCGGCUCAAACAGCGUAUCCCCUGGGUGAACUACAAAAUCUGGCCGAUGUGCUCAGCUCUCAUUUAACGUGCCACAGAGGAUGAUAUUUACUUCUCAAUCCGUCCAUACAGCACAGCUUUGGAGGGCUGUCAGUAAAUCUAUCAGCCUACUUACAUAAACUUUGUACGCACGUGCUUGGUUUGACUACUCUGGUCUGUCAGAUGGGUUUCCAUGGCGACGCGUGUAAAACCAGGGCAGGUUUUCUGUCAGAAAGUUCAGGCCACAGAAUUAAGUCAAGAUACCACUGACUUGCACAACAUUGACUAUUUGCCACAGUUAGGUCAUUUGCUAUGCUGUGCAGCAGCUCUUCCUGUAAAGUUGUUAUAUGUUGUUGUGAUGUUAUUAGAAAUACUUCAACUGUGUAGAUCUUGAAGUUGUAUAUAAAGUUAAAAAUGCAGCUUGAGUGUUGCAGCCUUCAGACCUCAGAGAAUUCAUGAAACUUUUGAUCUGUUGAAGCUUAAAUCUGCUGUGACUUGUUUUCAGCAGUGUCGUUUGUGCAGGGCUCAUUAUGCCUUUAAAGGCCAUCAGAGUGGCUUUAGUUUGGAAACAUGUUUGCUAUCUAGAUUGUUUGACAGAACAGGAAGUAAAGGGUUCCCAUUCUGUGAAUUUAUCAGGAGGAUGCUGGUAAAACACACCGCUGUGCUGUGUUAUCACGUCCACACACACUCUCAUCCAGAGUUUCCUCACCCAAACUCAGAGAUGAUGAAACAGUGGAGCUUUUAAAACACUGAAAUGAACAUAUUCAGGGUUUAUUCGAUAGAUUUAUUCAUGCAGUGUGGAAUAUAAUAAUAAUAAAGAAAUAUGGCAGCUGGAAAUAUCCACGCUGUACAAGUCUGAGUUAAGCUUUCAGACUGGGAUUAGUCAUAAAUACUGGCAUUUUUCAGCCUCAUCCUUGACGUCUAAAUUGAAGGAAAGGGAUUUGGUUUGAAACACUAAGAGAGCUGUCUUUACUCAAAAAAACGAGUCUACAUUUCAAGUCCAUUUCUAUAUUUUAACCCAGAAGUUGGUGGAUAUUUUAUCAACAGCAGAUAGGAUGAUUACAGAGGAGGCCAGCCAUUGGGUGAUAUCUAAGCAUGGUACUUCUAACUGUACUGUAUAUACUGUAACUCCUAAUUUCCACCGCAUCCAGAACAGCUCUGCUGCAGAACUGCAGCGUUUGUGGGGCAAAUUUCAUGGGGAAUUUCGGACAGUGGGAAUUGCAAGGACUUACAAAAACCUGCGGAUUCAUGUGCAAUCGCGCGAUAAUGAGUUGUCUCUUUAAAGACAGCCACAUAACCAUAUAAUAUAAGCAGUAGAUUGUGUCCUUCCAGGAAAGGAAAUCCCCUUCUAGACUUCUAAAAUCAGCAUCUCCUCAUCCAUGGUGUCAACGGGGCGAAAUGAUAUCUGAAAACCUUUGACUUGUUCGUCCUCGCCCACGUUUGCAUGGUGUGAAAUAUGAUCGGCCUGAAACAAGUAGUGUUUUAUUUUGAAAAGAAGCCAGAUGUUUUAUUUUGUGUUUGUGCCGGACCUCCUUUCUGGCACUGGCUAAUCUGUGCUGAAUUUAUGCGGCAUGUUAUGGCGUCCGGAAGAAAUAGAACCCUGGCGAUCGGCUGCGAAACCCGCUGAACCGCAGCGUGACGGAAAGAAGUCGGUGGAAAUUGACACGUUAACUUGAAUGGAAACGAUCAGCUGCGAUUGGCGCCACCGUUUCGCAGUGGACCUGUUCCAGAUGCAGUGGAAAUUGGGGGAUAUAUAGCAUGUGGUCCCAAAACCGUAACGCUUCAGUUUUGUGUCAACGUGGGCGCCCCCUGUGGGCAAAGCAGUCUUUGCUUAGCUAGUCCUCUACAUGCUUUAGUCAUGUCCCCCGAUAUAUGAUAUUCAUUGAGCAGUCCUCCCCCUCACACUCGUGUCAGGCAUUUGUGGUGUAAAUGGUGUCAGUCUUGACACUGAUGGUCUUGUUUACCCUUAUAUAUUGUUGGAAGACAUCAACAUGAAUUUCAGUUUAUUCAGUAAAUUGGAUAGAAACUCUUCUUCACAGGAGCUUUAACCAGAGUGCUCAGUGCAGCACAGCACAUAAGGUAGUGGAUGAUGUUAGUCCUGACAUACGUCCCACAGAUCAGCAGUGAUGUGAUCACAUCAAAAGACUGACUCCAUCAGUGUAAAAGGUGGAGCAGUAAAGUUUAAAUUUUGGCCAAAAACUGGGAGUGAUUUUUGCAGAAGUCUAAAAAAGGAGUACUGAAAGAAGAAUCCAGAAAAAAAGGACUCUGAGUGAAAGAGUGGGGUUGUUUAAAUUUAGUUCUGCAAACAUUCGGAGUGUCCACUAUUUGGAGCCACAUCACAUCCACACAUGCAUUUCUUUAAGUUCACCGAGUCUGUUUGAAAGGAAGAUUACGGGCUGCUACGGCACAUUAACAUCUCAAUGCUAUGUUCUGUGUUUUCUCUGCGGCUUGUGGCUCGAAGUCGAUGCACACAGUGCUGUCUGCUAUCUGGAUGUUAGGGGCAGAGAAUAACAUCAGACUGGAAGUUUUCGAAAAGGCCGAUUUAGACUCAGAGUGAAACAGUUGCUGAAGCCUCAGGCUAACUUUUCUUGUUAUGAUUCAGCACUCAUGUCACUGUUUAUUUGCCCAGAGGGAAGUGCCACUCCUGUUUUAAUACCACUCAAGUUCAUCCUCCCUCAUAAACAGUAAACAAAUACAUUCAUUUGGAAGUCCCCCAAGGCAGAUGUGUUGUUAAAAUUUGGGUUUAAACUAAAGAUUAUUUUUGUCGAAUCAAUUGAGAGUCAUUAUUAUAGAUAUUUUGCUCCCUAAAAGCAGGAAAACUCAUUUUAUGAGAGAACCCACACAGAUUGACACUAACAGAUAGUAGACGGUAAAACCAACCAAGUGAGUCUGGAGCAGCUGUUUGACCUCAAAUCUCUCAUUGAACGUAGCUUCAUUUUGAAAUUCCUCCCUGUCUUCCUGUAUUGAUCCUAAAAAUGACUCAUCAGGAGCUGCAUGUAGGACAUGUUUGGGUCUAUUUUUGUUUUCACACUGAGACUAUUUUUGUCUCAUCUCUUAAGUUUUGAGGUGGAGGGGGACGGCUGCGCCCAAAAGGAUAGUAUUCAUUUCCAGUCUCUCUCUAGGUCUGGCUUUGAUGAUGAAGUAACACAUCCUGCUUCAACACAUGGAGAGACAAGAACAACCUCUGCUGACAGCUCCUGCUCAAAUUUGGGUUGUCUGAGAUUAAAAUCUGCUUUAUUGGUGUGGUUUUAGAAAAAACACUGUAACUGUGAGGUUGACAAGGUAACAUGAUGAAGCAGAAUUAUGCUGUUGAGCUGCUUUUCACAGGCAGUUUCCUCGUCUUAUAACCUCUCAAAAUAAUUCCUAUAUCAUAUUUAGUUGUAUUCCAGUAUUGCAAUCCAGUGUAAGUCCUUGUCAGCCUCACUGCCCUGUGAGUUUUCAACAUAUCAGCACAUUAGAUUUUUGCCAUAAUCAAAUGUUUUGAUUUGUCAUGAACUACAUUCUUGAUUGAGAGCUUUGGAAGUCAGCUUAUACAGAAACAGGAUUUCUUUGCUGUAGUAGUAGAUCGAUUAUUGGCCUCGGCGGAUCAUUGGAGCUGAUAUUCAGCCUCACCCCCAUGUAUUUUCAUCGAUCAGUCUCAUUUCCCUCUCUGACUCGUCCCUCUGUCUUGUUUCUGUGAUCACAGGCAGCUGAAGAAGCUGAGCGAGGACAGCCUCACCAAGCAGCCGGAGGAAGUGUUUGACGUCCUGGAGAAGCUGGGUGAAGGGUGAGUGGGUGACUCCCACACUUAGAAAGUGACGAUGGGUGACACAGCACAGCCCUGACGGACUGAACAUCUCUGACUUCAUUCAAAUGAUGUUUAAAAAAAAACCCCACACUUUCAUUCCUCUUUCUCUCCUCUCUGAUUUCUCUGUUCCUCAUUCAUCUUUCUUUUUUUUUCACCGCUUUAUUUCUUCUCCCUCCUCGUUUGGCUCCUCCCUCUUCUGGUGUCAAUCAACAUUUACAUUGCCUCUUCACAUCCUGUUUCUCAACGCACUUCCUGUUCUGAGCGGCUGAUUGACGCUCUGUGUUUGUUUCAGCUGCCACUCAGACUGUUUGUUGUUUCUUUUUGCAGCGUUAGUGAAUCAUUAACUACAGUUGUGUCUGUUUUCUGACCACAACACAGAUGAAUCUGUUUUUAUUUAACCCACUCACACAAGUCAAACCAUACGUCCUCUUUUUCCGGGACAUGGCCUCUUUUUUGGGGCCUGUCCAGCCUUGUCUGGGGGAGUUUAUAAUAUCCUUCAAAUGUCUGGGGUUUUGUAUAGAAGUUUUGAAUUUGUGUCACAUGGACUUACUGUCCUCUUUUUGGGGAUUCAGAAUAUGGUCACCCUACACAAAUCAGACUUAAGGAGACACUUGACACUUUAACUUGGAUGUGUUACAAUAAAUGCAGCUGUUCUGUGUGUCAGUCUUACACAGUAUACAGAUGUCUCACAAUUUACAUGAUUCAAAUGGAUUAAAAGUAAAGUAAAAACAAAACUAAAUUGAGGAAAACAAAUCAACAAAUAAAUCAAAGAGGUAACUGGAGCUCAGGCAUUUUUCCUGAAUCACAGAUGCCUUUAUAUUGGAGAACCUAUCAGCUCUAGUCCUGCUGUGAUUUCCUCCAUAGUGACAGCAGUCAUGACUCUGUCUCACUGUUGUGUCAAACUGGGAGGUUUUGGUCUGAACCAGGAUCCCUUAUAAGCAAAAUCCUUUUGAUAAAUCCUUAUCAUCGAUAUUUUCAGGUGCAAUGCCCAACAUGGAGAGGGAGCAUCUGAAAUAAAGUUCAAGCUCAGUAGUUGUAUGAGGCCCCUGAUAUGUCCGGUACUUUUCAGCAGUCAGUUAGCACUGACCUGAGGGGUGUGUCCAAAUGAGUUCAUACACUGUAACUCAGUCUGCUGUGCUAAAACUCUUCCUGAAGUCUUCAGAUAUCUAACCUGAAGUGUCUCCAACUCUCAACCCCACCAACGGGGAGUUUGGCAAGGGUGUCUCGACUGACCCAGGUUGGCCAGGGUCAGUUGCACCCAAUUGUCGCAUGAAUUUCUGCCAAUUCUGCAUUACUUGUUCCUGUCACUUCCUCAGGAUUACAGGUUGUCAUAUGAGCUUCUGCAGGAACUUCUCCUCUGCGGUGCAACUUCUUACUUCCCUCACAAGUUGGAAAAGUUGAUUUUUCGUGGACCCCAGAAUGUCAGCACACUCAGGAGUGUUGAAACCCUCAUCACCCCUGAUUUCUCUGGUCUUUGUACAUCAGAAGUUGCCGUAUGUGCCCUAGGUGAUGGCGCAGUGUUAAUGCAGGAAAACUGAGCCGGUGACGACCACACUGUCUGUGGUUUCCUCCACAAGCACCAAACACCAGUGAAGAUACUCUACACUUGAAAUAGAAACACUAGUCCUAUGGUCCCCCAGUGUUUUGACCUUCACACACAAUCUGCCUCUGGUAGUCCUCAAAGACCACAACCCGUUUAAACUCCGGUCCUGGAUGUAUGACCACGACCAAGGACUCACGUAGUGGUACUGGACCGUAUCAGUUCAAGAGUCCAACGCUGUCAUUAAGCACACAAGAGGUUUGGAAAACAUUAGAGUUGAUGUCUUGUCCCAGAUAUAAAUGUUUUCAUGAUAAAACUUUCUAAGUUUGUCCGUCUGUGGGGUUUUUUGGUCUGAGGGGUUUUGUUUGUGUUUGGUGUGUUUGUUCUUUGAUCCGGUGUUGUUUACCUUGUUGCUCCAUACUGGCGGAUCUUUGCAGGUGACGUCGAUUAGGGAUUCCAUGACAAUGGUGUCCUCAUUCUGAUCCACCACUCACUCCACCGUUCCUGCCUGUCCGCCUCCUUGGACUUUGAUCCGCCAAUCCUCUGCUCCCAGUUCUCCCUCCGGUCUCCUUUAAACCCACCACUCAGUUUGUUCAUAAAGGAGAGAGGCAGCUCAGUGACAGGAACUUUGUAACCAUUGUUGGUGUCUCUCAUGGUUGAAAAUCAGUGACAUUGUGAUUUGUUUUUUUUUUAUUGUUGUUACCUUGUUAGUGGAGCUGAGACACUAGUUCACUUUAUUGGGCUUCUUUUGGGGCACUUUGGGCCCUUUACUUUUGUUUUAUUUCCAGUAGUUUGUGGGUGGGUGCCACUGUUGUGUGUGAGUGCUCAUUGCAGCCCAUUCAGUAUCUGUGAAAAGUGUGUGACAGUAACUCUUGAGAUCAUCCCUGGUGGUUAAAUAAAACAUGUUUGAUCAGCUGCUCCAAAAACACAUCCCCAAAAAUUGGGAGUUUAAGUUGGUUACAAAAAAAUACUGUUGUAAUCUGUUGUUAGCAAAAGAUCAGGUUGUUUGGUGGCAAAUAAAUAGAACCAGGUCAAAAUAUCAAGCUAAAAAUGUAUCAUGAUAAGAUUUGCCAUUCUGGCGUUAACGAUAAAAGUCCUGAUAUAAAAUACUAGAAUAUCAAUCUAUAUUUUUGACUCAUUUUGUCUUGAGAACACCAGUUGGAGUAGUCAAAUAAGAUACUUAACCACAAGUUUGAGUGGAAAUUCCUCAUGUGUAGCCUCGUUCAGUAACAAUCUGCUCAGAAACGUCUUCUUCAUUACCUUCGGCCAUGUUUGUUUGUUAUUCUGCUCUGUGUGGGCUAUGGCUGUGAGUCUGUCGCUCGCGCUUAUGUCAUCAACUUUCAUUUAUCGUAUUUAUCGUGAGAUGGCAAGUAUUUUUUUUAUGUGAGAUGUUGUGUGUGAUCUGCAGGCGGUCGUAAUUGUAAUAAAAUGAAUAUAAGUGUGGAAAAAUGAAUUGAUAGAACUUUCCUAUACAAAAAUAUGUCUGCAAACAGUUUGACUUGUGUGACCAGCGAUUUCUCUGUCAUAACCUCACACACAGGUUUGACAAAUAGCAACCACAUCCUGAGAAAACUCUUGUGUCUCUGCAGGUCAUAUGGCUGCGUGUUUAAAGCUCAUUAUAAAGAGACCGGAGAGAUUGUGGCCAUCAAACAGGUUCCUGUGGAGUCUGAUCUGCAGGAGAUCAUCAAGGAAAUCUCCAUCAUGCAGCAGUGCAACAGGUAGGUGUUGGUCGCAUGGAUUUGUCCGGGUUAAAUGGGCUCUUACAUAUGUGAAGGAACACUUUAUUGUGUUUAUUUCAGUGACGCUGAAAAACGUCCUUAUCAAAAGCUGACCAAAUCGUAGGCUCGUGGAAAAGAGGUUGUACUUAAUAAACAUAUGUAGAUUAAUACAGCUAACAUGAGACACUGUGUGUGUUUAAUAGGGGUGGGAGAAAAAAUAGAUACAGCAUAGUUGUGUGAUAUUUUGUCUGGUGAUAUAUUGUAUCAUCUUGUUUACCAAGUAUUGAUUUUUUUUUUCAAAUUAAUUGUUAAUAUGAAGUCAAAUCUAUGAUAAUGGAAAAAUAAAAUCAACUGUUUGUCCAGUGAGGUUGGCAGAGGUGACAUCAUAGAGCAGGAGAAAGUUAAUAUAACAAAUAUAGCAACACCUGGGGAGGAACAUUAGGAAUGCAAGCAGGGCACAAAUGAGAUGGACCUGACAUUUAAGGGUUGCAGUAAGUGCUACUUGAAAAUAAAAUACUGUCUAUAUAAGACAAACAUAAAGGAAAGACAAAUGCUAAAUUAGCUUAACAGUUGAAAAAACUGUAGAAACCGCAAUAUAUUGUGUCACAAUACUCACUGUAUUGCAAAAUGUUAAAAAUCAGAAUAAUAUUGUAUCGUGGCUCAAGUAUUGUGAUUAUAUCGUAUCGUGGGGCCACUGGUGAUUCCCACCCCUAGUGUUGAACUACUUUCAAUAUGAGGAACCCAGUGUAACAGGGUCAUAGUCAGUUCUUUGUUUUAUUAAAGUCUAAAAUCAUUAAAUAGAAAAAGGUUCGUUUUUAAACAAACUUUUUUGCUGCUGUGAUUGAUGGAGACCAGUCCCCUGUCUUUGUAUUCAUGUGGAGUUGCUUCUCAGCAGAGGUCUGUGGUCGUCAGCUCUCUUUGUUUUGUGUGCUGUCAGUAUGUCUCAUGUGAAUGCACAGAUGUACCAAAGCUUUGUUUGAUCAAAAAUGUUGUUUGGCUGCAGAAUAACAUGCAGAGAGCACCGCUUUGUUUUGAAAAGUGCAAAUAAAACUCUUCAAAAGCGUGCUGAACAUGUCCUGUGCUGUAAUCACACCAUCCUGAGGUUAAUCUGUGUGUGUGUGUGUGUGUGUGUGUGUGUGUGUGUGUGUGUGUGUGUGUGUGUGUGUGUGUGUGUGUGUGUGUGUGUGUGUGUGUGUGUGUGUGUGUGUGUGUGUGUGUGCUCAGUCCACAUGUGGUGCGGUACUACGGCAGCUACUUCAAAAACAGUGACCUGUGGAUCGUUAUGGAGUACUGUGGGGCCGGAUCAGUGUCUGAUAUCAUCCGAAUACGUAAUAAGACGGUAAGAAGAACUCAGACACUCAAAUAGAGCAGACCGUGUGUGCAUGAUUACAGGAUUUUCUCUGAAGUCUCCUGAGUGGAAAUCACUGAAGACAGAAACUCUCCUGCAGCGCAGGAUUACUGUUGAGUACUGAAGAUACAGACCUCUCAUUGUACCUCUCUAUGUGUCUGUGUGAGCAGCUGACCGAAGAGGAGAUAGCCACCAUCCUGCACUCCACUCUGAAGGGUCUGGAGUAUCUGCACUUCAUGAGGAAAAUCCACAGAGACAUCAAAGCUGGAAACAUCCUGCUGAACACAGAGGGCCAGGCCAAACUGGCCGACUUUGGAGUUGCUGGACAACUCACAGUGAGUGAAAUUACAUGUAGUCUUUUGGUAUGUUGACAAUCAAGUGAUAACAUUACCUGUGGAUAAAAAUGAACUGUGAGGAGACUCAACACUGCGAAAAUAUGAAGCACCACCUUAACCCACUGAAUCCUACGAGAACAGGUUUUACCAGAGAGUGAGAGCAUUAAAAAUCAGAGUAUUCUUUCAGUUUCACAGGUCAACACUGAUACUGCCUGCCUCCUGUUAAAAAAAAAACUAAAACUAAAACUAAUGUAUAGAUGUAUUCAUAACAAAUAUUCCCUUUAUUUCAGCUCCACACAUCAUGAGUGUCCAUUCCCCACAUUUUACCCACCCUUCUUCAUUGUCAGUAUUGUAGAAAGUAAAGAACUGGGUGACCGCAGGCCCUUAAAAAGUCUUAAAUACAUUUUUACAAAUAAAAGGCCUUAAAAAUUAAUAAAUUGUCUUAAAUUCAGAUCAGAUAGGUCUUAAAUGUGUUUUAGUCACUUCAUCGUGAGAAUGUCUGGUAAGCAUGGAAUAAACAAAUCUUUGGAAUUUCCCCCUGUGGGACGAUUAAAAGAAUAUCUUAACGCCAUUUUUGCCCCGGCAUUUAGGUCACGUGACGCAAUGAGUCUGUGUUUCAUCCUUGCAAGCCAUCUUGGCUUUCUUGGUUGUGCGAAAUGGGAAAAUGACGGUUCAACGACAAGUGGCUUGAAAACUCAGACUAUAGUUAUCUAUGAGAAAAGCGUGCGGCUGAGUCACCAGCAUUCCUAUACGACAGCCAUCUUUCCACGGUAUACCAUUCUGGUACGCUCUAUGGUAGCUGUCAGAAGGUUUCUUAUCUGCAUAAUCAAAAAUUUAAAAAAUGCUCUUUCGUUAAUAAACACAUUUGAAGAAUGUUCUUGAACAAUUGAUUAUUUUCAUUUUUACUUAUUGUACAUUUUUAACUGACAUCAGUGCCUUUAACUGUAAAAGAAUAUAUUUUCACUUUGGUCUGUAGUUUCAUGGCAAGUUUAGUCUUAAAUUUUCUUUAUGGUAGUAUUAAAAAGGUCCUAAAUAUAACUUCUUCAUACCUGUAGUCACCCUGUAGAAGGGUCCCGCUCUGCUCAUCCUCCGUGAGAAAAGCCAGAGAGUCCGACUCAGCAGACAGCUAUGGUGAAGCUCAUCUGGUUUAAAAGCUGCUCAGACAGCUUGACUCAUAAAGUCAUCUAAAGCACAGAGAGCUGAGACAGACUGCAGACAGGAGCUGCUAAGCUCUGCCCUCAGCUAUCCAACUUCAUCAUGCUUUGACCUUUACCUGCCUCUAUGAAAGACGGCCGUUCAGAGUUGGUGUCACGUUGCAUCUGGUGCUGUUUCUCCUUCAACGAUCUGUGAUAAUGACUCAGCCAUAAUACAGUCAGAGAAGCACUCAAAAUUCAACCGUCACAAACCUGGUGUGUAGUUCUGAGAUCGCUGCCAACGCUUCACUGCUCACACUUGGACUGAAAGGAAGUUAUUUUUUUUUUUAUCUGCUCUGAAUAAGCAGCGAGUUUCCAGGUGCAGCAGCCACAUUUCUUUAGAUCAGUGGUUCUCAAGUCCAGUUCUCGAGGCCCACUGUCCUGCAUGUUUUGGAUGUUUCCCUGCUUCAACACACCUGAUUCAAAUGAUCAGCUCGUUAUCAAGCUCUGGAAUGGCUUAAUAACGAGCUGAUCAUUUGAAUCAGGUGUGUUGGAGCAGGGAAACAUCAAAAACAUGCAGGACAGUGGGCCUCGAGGACUGGACUUGAGAACCACUGGUUUAGAGUAUUACUGUGUUUUGAGAUGAUGUCAACUUUUUCAAUCGUCUUAGAAAACUAAAACUGGUGUGCAGGAAUACUCAUGCUGACAUUUCUGCCUUCAUUCAGCUCUCCUUCCUGCCAGAGCUUUUAUAUCCUCUUCCUUUCUUUUUGCCUAGAAAAACUAAAAUCUCAUGUGCACUGUCAAGCACCACACUGACAGUCAGAUCCUCUUCCAAUCAUGCUUCUCUUCUUUAUUUCUCUACCUCCACUAUUUCCUCAGGACACCAUGGCGAAACGUAACACUGUCAUCGGCACGCCUUUCUGGAUGGCUCCAGAGGUCAUACAAGAGAUCGGCUACAACUGUGUCGCUGAUAUUUGGUCUUUGGGAAUAACAGCGAUAGAGAUGGCUGAGGGGAAGCCACCUUACGCUGACAUCCAUCCCAUGAGGGUGAGAGACAGUCCGUGUUUUUGUCAGAAUCUCAUGUAGAAACCUAUUCUGUGUUAUGUUCAAUAUUAUACAAAGUCUUACUUCAGCUUUAGGUGUUCUGAAUGAUGAUGUUCCUUCUUUCCUUCUUUCAGGCAAUCUUCAUGAUUCCCACCAACCCUCCACCAACGUUUAGAAACACAGAUCAGUGGUCUCCAGCUUUUAAGGACUUUGUUGUUCAGUGCUUGGUAAAAAACCCAGAAAAUAGAGCCACUGCAACCCAGUUGUUACAGGUAGAUUUCCUCUUUUUCACAGCAGAUUCAGUGUAAGUGAAGUUUUAAUUGGCCACUUAAUGACAUUGUAAAGACAGCUAACAUUUGGUAGGUCCAUUUUGCAUGAUCAGAAAAAAAGAAGGCAUGAUCUGAUGAUAUUAUUCUUAUGUUUAAAUUCUGUUGUCUUGAGCUAGAACUGAUCUGUUUUUGGUUUUAGUUCACAGCUGUUGUACUAAGCUUGUAGUCUGCGUUCUGGUUAGAAAGACAGAAAAUGCACUUGCACUUUGCUCCUCUCAUCAGUCUAACCUUUCCCUCUCCUCCUGUCUCUGUGCCCUCCAGCAUCCAUUCAUCAAAUCAGCCAAGCCAAACUCCAUCCUGCGGGCCCUGAUCACAGACGCCAUGGAGAUCAAACUGAAGAGACAGGAGGAAGCUGAGCAGAGGGAGCAGGAUGCAGACGACGAUGACAACUCGGUACGAGCACGAAAACACGAAAAGCACCAAAUCUGCAGAAAACCGUCAGAUGCUUAAGUUGACAGCCACUGUUGUCAGGGAUUUUAGCUGAUCCUGGUGCAAAUCCUUCUUAAUGUAACUGAAAAAUAUUCUGUCAAGAGCCUGAAAUGUCAGCUUAUAACUUCACUUUCUGUGCUGCAUCCUUUUACCUGCUCUCACCUCAACCAAACAAGCAGCUGUGAAGAAAUGUACCCCCCCAACACACACACACACACAUGAAAAAAAGGUUCAAAAUUACUUUUUAUGACAGGGAGGUUUUGUUCACUACAGUGUCCUGCAAUAAAUUUAUACUGUUCAACUUUAGGGUGGAGGAGCUGCGUGCAAACUCCUAUUGAUGCUUUUACAUGCAAGACAUACAUGUUUGGUCAGUCUGACGUCUUGAUAUCAGUUUGUCUAACAUGUUUACGCGCAUCUAAAAGUCCAGUUUCAGUCGGACUUCUGCAAGUAUUAGAUUCUUUUUAACGUUGUGUAAAAGUUCUGAGUGCAGCUCUGGCACACAGGCUGCAGGAGGAAGUGGUUAUCCCAUCAAACUUGAUCUUAUUUAUCAGUUUUUGUCUCCUUUUUGGUCGAGGCUAUUUUGGUACAAGCAUGUUUCCACUGUGUGGCAGAAAGCCUCCUGAGAUUUACCAAAAAUCUGCCUUCCUUUAAUAGUUGGCAGGUGUCACUUUCAGACCCUGCCAGUAACUCAGUAUCAGGGACAUCCGUCUACGAUUCAUCAGUUUAUGCUGAAAUGAAAAACUUUGAAGUUUGGAGUUUGGGCACUUUGUUUAUAUCAGUUGUUCUUGCUGUGAUAAGGGUACUCUCAAUGCGUGGUUGAGACUUUACCUUGGUGUGUUUCAGGACGAAGACGAGGUCGACCAGGGGACGAUGGUGCGAGCAGGAACAGGGGACUCAGGAACGAUCCGGGCCGCCGGCUCAUUAGCGAGUUCACUCAGCGGCACGGCACGGACCAUGAUCGAACACGAGGACACGGGAACCAUGCAGUCACAGCUGGGCACCAUGGUCAUCAACUCUGACGAUGAGGAUGAGGAAGAGGGCGGCACCAUGAAAAGUAAGAACAUUACAGCAGACCAUAAACAGACUAAUGUGAUGUGUGUGUGUGUGUGUGUGUGGGCCAUGAAGACUGAUGUGUAGGCGUGGAAGUUCAGCAUAAAAAAAGGUUGUCACGUUUGAUGAAGAGGAUGCGGAUUUUGGUUCCUUGUUUAUAAAGGAACUAUCAGAUUGAGGAACACGCUGCUGUAUUUCAAACUAACUCUGGUCACUGACUGUCACUGCAGUCAACUCUCUUGAGAAAGUAAGAACACAUCAUUUCUCUUUAAAAUUUUACAUUUCAAACACACUGCUGAGCCGUGAUUGGCUAGCACAGCUGACCACCAACUGUUGAGGGAAAUUUUAAAAAGGUUCAGUGAGUUAAGGUACUAGAGCUGUUUCAUUUUGAUGAACCAAACCCUGCAGCUGGAGAUGUUUAUAUCCACUAGAGGGCGCAAUGAGACCAUCACUGUUUUUCCUGACUGCCUUGUAAGCUGGAGGAUCUUAAUGAUGUGUCCGUGUGUUUGGGCUCAUUUAUUUUAUGUUUUGAUGCUUUAACCAACAAGGACUUUCCUUUCACAUCUGAAACAGACGUUUUUAUCACUGUUUAAAGUAGGUACAAGUUCCCUGGGUUAGUGGUUUAGUUUAUAGAGUUGCAAAGCUGUUUUCAGACGUGCUGUGGAAAAUUUCAAGAGGUUUGAGUCAGAAUAGACGCUGUGCGAGUCAUGAUGAAACGUUUUACACUGAACCAGAUUUACUUCUGUGUCUGUUGUGUCCACAAAUUGUGGAUGAUGGUAAAGUGCUGAAACAUUUCUGGGUAGAGUGCAUACAUAAACCUAGACGAAGCCCCGGUCAGAGUCUCUCAAAAUCAGAUGAAUUAAUCGGCAGAGUCAGCCUAUCUGCUGAAAAUGGCAGAAUACAUCAAUUCCUGUUUCUUCUGGUGGUUUUCCCGUGAAAAGGGAUGAGCUGACCGGCAUCAAUCGUGGUUAAUACACUCACCGGUGACAUGUAACUCAUACUACUUCCCUUCAACAUGAUGGAUUGUGUAAUAGAGGAUCUAAACACACUGCAACAUCUCUGACAAUACAAAUGGAGAGCAGUGGUGUGAUUUAAAGUGAGUCUGUGCUGGGGGUUUUCGUCGACUGUGGUGAGUGGUGCACUAAAAUACUCCUCUCCUAAAAUCUCAGGUAAAAGUUUCAUACGAGUGAACAAAAACAUGCUGCUUCAUUCUUACAGUAAACAUGCUUCUGUUUAUGACGUAGAAACUUGAAUGAACCAACAAACCGACCACCUUUGUCACUGAUUACGCAGAGGCAAAACAAGACAGAAGACUGACCACACUAUAAACAUCGACACCACCUGCCUGCUCCACCUGCUGCUACUCUCAGGGAAUUGUUUGAAGAUUUGCUGCAGUGUUCUGACAUGAAAUGAUACCGAGGGGUGAGCAGAAAAUACUCCUGGUGAAGUGGAGGUGAAAAUACAGCUCACACUUAGUGUAUGUCUGAGAAGGGCUUCAGGGAAAUCAGUGUUAUUCUGUCAGCUGAUUUUAGUUGUCUUAGGACUUUGUUACAGUCGAGUUUCAUUUAACAAACAGUCGAUUAAAAGUCAUCAGACAUUAGAUGUAGCUUUUGGUAGAGAAGAUGACGAUGUCCGGGGUCAGAGCCAGCAGGGCAGAACAGCGCUGUGUGGGCUGUGUGUGUGUAUGUGUGUGGAGCUCCUGGUGAAAAAUCAGCUGUUUCUGUUCACACAUAUAGCUCACUCACUGGGAGAAUUUUUCAGGAACUUUGUGCAUGUGUGAAAAAUGUAUGUAUACAUAGGUACCACUGAAUGGAUGUGAAAGACGUACUCUUGAAACGGUCUCCAUAGAAAACAGAAAAAUUUAGUUUCGUUCAGGGGGGUCCGUUUAGACGGCAACUGCGUUUUCAGGAGAUGAAAAUGUAACGUGCAAACCCCCUCCAGAGUGGAAAUGUUGUAAACGCUCUGCUAGUCCCGCUUUCGUCUAAAGUACAAAAACGCUGUAACGGUCAAACCUGUGACGCCAUGGCUCACGUCAGCUCAUGUUUAUGACAUCAUAGCCAUGCACAGCUUCCUUGAAAAUAACAACAACCAUGCUAGACAUUCAAGUCGUGCUGUCGUUAUUAUUGAACGGGCAGGAGCUCAAUUUCGACCUGUACAGAAUCCUCACGGAUCAUACUGCUCAGUAGAGGAGGCGUCUGAAUUAUUUGCAUCAAAUAAUUAAUGUAGAACAGAAGUUGUUCUACGUAUGAGUUGUUGGUCUAUAUGGGAGCACGGUCACACCGACACGCGCCACCUAGCGACCUGGCAUGCACAUUACAGCGUUUUCAACCACAUCGCGUUUUUGUGUAAACACAGCAUAAAAACUGAAAACGAAACGGCACUUUUCCGUUUUCUAUGGAGACCGUUUCUGUCUAAAAGUGGCCUGAGAUAGGCCGUUACCCAUGAAAUGGGGGUGCUCUGAAAACAUCCCCAUUAGUCCUUGGUUUCGUUCCUCCUGAUGAAAUUAACCAUAGGCUGUAAAUUGACACGGAAAAAAAUCGAGUCGACUAAUCAGAAUUUUGGGCGACUGGGCACGCAUCAACCAGUAAGUUGACAAAUCGACAAGCACUUUACAGCCCUAUUAGAAACACAGAUGAAUUAUAAAUGGGCACAUCUAAUCAGUGUUUGUCUGGCCCAUUUUCCUCAGAUCUUUUUUGGUGAGUUCACUGUUUCUUAGUUUCCAAUCUGCAACCUCCCAUCCUUUAGGUUUGGUUUCUGGGGUAAGACCAAAAUAUGCCUAAAAAUGUCAGUAAUCUAAAAAUAUUGAAUAUAUCAGUUAAAAACAAAUUCAGUCAGAGGUAUAGUCAAACCGGAGGAGCAGAGUCAGGUCAAACUUGUGUCCAAAUGUUGGUGCCUAGCAGACUUAAUAAACCUAAUCCACUGAAGCCAUUUAUUCCCUCCUGCUGGAGUGUGUGUGGUUUUUUUCAGAGGUAUGUGGUUCUCCAGUCUGUUGGAGUCUUGUGCGGUGUGGGAGUUGUAAGCGUUGGAUGUAUUGGGUGCUUUGGAGUUGGACUGUGUUCAUCAGUGCUGACAGUCUGUGGGUGUGUUUUAUGUGUUUGUUUUUAUACGCGGAGAAUUAACCCCAAUGAGACACUACAGCACGCUGGGUUUAAAUGUGUGUGUGUGUGUGUGUGUGUGUGUGUGUGUGUGUGUGUGUGUGUGUGUGUGUGUGUGUGUGUGUGUGUGUGUGUGUGUGUGUGUGUGUGUGUGUGUGUAUUUUUAAUUUUGCUCCGUGUGACUCCAGAAAUCCAACUGCUCGUGGAGCUUAUUUCACUUUAAUGACAAAAACAAAGCAACUGUGGAAGUUAGAGCCACAAUAUUGGAACUCCCACAUCACAUAGUGUAGUGAGAUUGAUGUCUCAUCUGUGGAGGUCUGUAAGGACAAAAACUUCAGAGGGAAAAUAGCAGCUUUUACGGAGACUGUGGUGGAAAUCAGUUCCUGACAAAUGAUUCAAAUACAGAGUCAAAGUGAUGGAGAUUGAACAGCAGCGUAACAAGCCGUCUGCAGAUUAACAACAUCCAGAUGGACUCACCACUAAACUGAUUUAUAAUGAUGGUGGUGGUGGUUUAAAAAUCCACAUACAUGCAUCAUAGUAGAGCAAUAUUAGGUUUAGAGCUAAAUCCCACCCGGCACAGUCUGUUUUCAAACUUCUUUCAGGAAAAAACCAAAGCGUUGAUGCAGCUGGAGGAACUUAAGUUGAAGAAAAGCUCCUCCAGCAUAAGGGACAUAAAUAGGGAUUUAUGGGGUCCUCCAGAAAUGAUUGAAAACAAAAAGUCUGCUUUAAUUUCCACUCCACUUGUGAAUUUGUUUGCACCAGUAUAUGUCCUGUCUGCAUCAUUUUUUAAAUUUUUGUUUCGUCUUUUUUUUUCUUUGCAUAUGUGAUCUCUUCAUCUGUGCAUCUGGUCUUGUUUUACAUCGAGGAGAAAUGAUUUUAUCUCCAUUAAUCGAUUAACCAAUGGCCUGUUUUGGCACAAUUUCAUUUCAAGCCUAUCUCUAUCUUUUAACAAUAUAAUCCAUAUGUAGUCUAGUUUUUUUUCGUUCAGUAAUUAGUUUAGCUCGGCAAUUAAUCAGAUUUCAAUUUUGAUGAUUUCUUCCCAACAAUCAUCAAAACAUGAUCCAGACUCAACAAUAUUCUGCUGCCUGCUGUGCUGCCUGCUCCUCUGUUACAUCCUUCAUGUUGUAUGAAGCAUGACCUCCUUCUCUCCCUCAACAGCAGAGUGUGGGCGCAGUCCCCUCCCCUCAAACAGCUCUCACUUUCAUUCCAUCAUAAGCAGCUCUGAUCAACGAGAGACAAAGUCCAUUUUCUGCUUCUGAUAAGAUGAAUGGAGGACCAGAGUGUAAUUUCAACACAUACAACAGACAUACGAACUAUCAGGGAGCCACAGGUGGAGAGAGGAGAGCAGGGAGAGGAGCAGGAGGAGGAGGAGGAGGAGGCAGGUGUGUGUCUGAAAUCUGAGGGACAGGAUGAGCACAAAGAUAGAGGCUGUUUCAUCAAGAGUGUGAACAUGCUCUAAUGAGUGAACAACUACUCUAAAAGUGACGAGACGUUGUCCAGAAUCAUAAUAAAAUAUAAGCCCAAGCCGAGACGUUAUAAAGGAUGUUUUAUAGAACUUAAAACAAAAAGAAAGAUUUACCGGAUCUGCAGCCUGUGAUAAAAUGAAAGUGGUAAAAGAGCUUCAAUUUUUAUGUCACAGUGUAGAAAUACUUCACUGUGAGCGAAAUCUGGCUUCCAGUUUAGUAAUCACCGAAAUAAAGUCAAAGGUCUCAAAGUGAAGAAGUGAUGAAAGGUCUUGUUCAGUUGUAGAUCAACCUUUUUUUUUUCAUUUUAUUAAAUCAUCAUGACAAACAGGCUUCUGUAAAUAUAAAAAAGGCAGGUUAGACCUUUUCAACACUUCAGAUGCUUGUCAAAGAAUUAAGAGUUUUAGAGCCUCAAAGAGUUUUUAAGUUGUGUAAAUGCUUGUAGACAAUUAUUUUUAAUAAUAGUGAUAUGAAAGUCAAUCAAGAUAAUCGAUAGACGAUGACUGAGCUGCCCUACUGUCCCUUAUACAGAGCUUUAAAUGCUCCAAACAAGCCCAGAGUAGAGUUAUGCCUGUGCUGUCAACAAACCAACUAACGCAUCAGUGGCUUUCUCCAUCCACUUCAAGAUUUUCCCCCUGUUAAAUGUUGUCACUAGAUGGCGCCCUUGCUUACUUAUUUUACUGUUCUGUCAAAGGUUGUACUGUGCGUGCAAAUGUAACAUCAUUACUCUGUAUGUACGCCUUGUUAUGGUACCGGAGGAGCAGACACGUCACCAGUGGUUGUGUUUUAUACCAGGGUGUUAAUAAUGUAACCUCAUUUACUGGCCUCAAUAAAUAAACCGAAGGCUAAAAAGAGCGAAGAUCGAGUCAGGUCAGAGAGUCACGAUAGGAAUAAAUGCUUACAUGGACGUGUUUCGGAUUCACGAUUGGCAUAAACCACCCCUCUGGAUUGGCAUACAAUUUCUCUCCGAUUGAGCCGAAUUGGAUCAGAAUCUCCCGAUCGGCAUGUUUACAUGACGCAUCUUUUAUUCUGAUUGGGUCUUUAAACAGAUUAUUUGUGCCUAUGUAAACGCAGCUAAUGAAACAAGGCUCUCUUUUCACAUGAAUCCAGCGAACAGACAGAUGACCUCCAUCUUCAUUGUGUUGGCGGGCUGCACCAUGAUGUCACUCCACUAAAACCCGGUUUUAGCAUACUGUCACCUUGAGCAUGUAAACACCUGAUCAGGACAAAUUACACCCUCACACUCCUGUGUUUUCAAUCAGAGAAACGUUGAUCCCAACAGCAGAGAGGUGCUCAUGUAAACCCCCUGACUGCCUUCAUGUACAUCUGUUACACACUCGAAUGUAUGCACAGACACACACAUACACACACACACUGUCUCUUGUCUAAUGUCCAAUUAUUGAAUUAGUAAAGAUCUCCUCUGCUGGCAGUUGAAACCACGUUAACGCAGGAACAUUUAGACUUCAUAAUUACAUUAGUAUCCUGCUGUCCUGCAGUUGUGUUUGUCUGAGUGUGUCUUCCAAUCCUUGUGUGUUUAUUGUGUGUCUAUCUCUGCCUUUGUGUGUGCGUGUGUGCGCGCUAAUGACCACCGUCUGAUGCUGGAGGGGCCUUGAGGGUUAGAUAAGAUAUUACGUCAGGUAUCGAUCCUCUCUAAUGGUCCUGAAUUAUAAAAAGCCUUUUAAUUUACACUGAUUAGCCACUGACCCUCUGUCACCAGGAUCCAUGUUAGGAUCCUCUACAUCUGCCCAUCUAUUGGUCUAAUCUUGUUCUGCGCUGUAACUAAUUUGCAGUAGGGAUGGAUUGAACCGAAUAAAAGUAUUAAAAAGUAAGUUACAAACAGAAAAGCAAACCAAGAAAGCCUCUAAAAACACACACUGCCUCCAGAAAACUUCAACUCAGGAUUGGUGAAGUUGUUGUGACAGACUUCUCACAGAGAGGACCUCUCAUGCUGGGUCACAGAGACGUCUGACUGUGUUUUUGACAGCAGACUGUAUUAUUUAUAAUUCAAACCACAGUCUCAGAUUCAGUGUCAGAAACCGAGCAGAAAUAAAACACUGAUCUCCUUUGAAGCCUGUAAAUGGGAGGUGGAUUUAGCUGCAGGUAGUUACACUGUGUAAUGCUGUUAUUUAUUUUCAGGGUUAAUUGUCUGUUGUUUUGGACCCUCCUCUCUGAAGUAAACACAGAGCAGGAGCCAACGAGAAGAAGGAUUUUGACAUGAGUCAUUUCCAUUCUGCUAUCGUGACAAUAACUCAAACUUUCCAUGAAUGUUUGCAGAGAUGAAUCCACUUAAAGUCAUGAUUUAUAUCGAGUCCUUCUCCUCUCUUUGUUGUAAACACCGUCUCUUUAUCUGGAACACUUUGUUCUAUCCUUGGGGUCUUAAUCGACUCUAAAUAACUACUUAGAAGUCAAGUGAUGUUUUCUUUUUCUUUCGGAGCUCUACUUAACUGAUUAUACUACAUAUCUCUCUGUAAGUGCACAGCUCUCAUGUCGCUUUACUUUAUUAAACUGUAACUUUGAUUUCAUGAUAGAGCAGAUUGCUUUCCUGUCUGUAAUCCUCUUUGCAUGAGUCUCCUCUUUAAAGCAGCUUUUAUUGUGAUAGACAGAUCUUAAUCUAGUUAGUAAGGCUUUUGAAAGCCAUCUGCAGAGAGUAAAUAGUGAGUCUGAUUCUGCUUGUAUGUAUAAACACAGGUGUUAGUAGUCUGUAUGGUCACAUAUCUGUCAAACCAAGUCCUAUUUGUUUACCUGCUCCAGCCCACAGCCCCUGUACUGUAUAUGAGGCGCACUCGGACUUUUGGGCAACCAGCCAUAAUCAAGCAGCUCCACUCCAGAGCACCAAACUUGUGUUUAUUUUAAACCUGAUUAUCUCCAAACAAACAUCACUACUACUCUGUAAUUCUCCAUCUCUAGACAGAUUUCCAUCAGUUGGAAAAAAAAAUGCUUUGAUUGAGUUUUGACUAUCGAAUUAAAUCAUGACACUGUUGUAAACCAAAAAAGCCAACCAAGGCUUUGGUAUUAGCCAAUCAGAAACAGAGAAGGGCGGGUUCACCACUGUCCCCCAGGGAAGGAUCUAAAGUAACUUGUCUGAUCUCCACCAGCAGUAUCAUCACCACUGCCGACAUAGGCUCCAGCAUCAUGACCAGUUACCCGCUGGAGGUUUUCUCAGCCAUUACGCUCCGGUGUUUAAAAAAAAAAACAGUGAACAAGUCCACUGGUAUGGACAAUAUAACUGGAAAAUAAAAUAAUAAAAUAAAAAAAAAAGCAACCCCUCCUCAGCUCAGGAGGAGAAGCGGGCUGUUGGUGCUUCUCGCUGUGACGGCGCACAGAUGAGUGAGAAACGUCCCCUUGCGUCAUGACACGGCUAGUGGUAGUGGCAGUGGCGGCAAGUAGGUGCACCUGGCAGCGGGCUCCGAGCAUGCCCGUGCCUGCGGUGGCGUCCACCACCAUCCUCUGUCUGUCCUGUAGUGCGGCUUGGGUCCAGAGACACGGUGGUUAUUAGAAAAACGGAAGGGCUAAUAGACUACGGCACUUAACCUUUUUACUUGAAAGCUUUGGGAAAUGAUUGCACUGUUUAGAAAGGUGCCACUCUUUUAGUGUGGUGCGAGAUGAUAUGAGCUGGCCUGAAAAAAAAAAUCAGUCAAAAAUAUUUUUUUUGCUUUAAUAGAGUUAACACUAUCAAACCCACGGCAGUCAGUGAUAUCUGAUCUGAUGGACAGAGAGGGGGCAGAAAGAUCCAGAUAGUGGACCCAAACAUUGGUCAAAGAUGGCAAUAACCAAAACAUUUUUACUCUUUCCAUCGUGAACAUUUAUCAAGCUCUUAAACAACCCCUUAAAUCCUUUCACUGUGCGCUGACACGGUUUUAAACCAUAGUUUUUACUCAGAUGCUGUGAAAAUAUUUUGGCUUAUGUUUCUUCCAGUAAAAAGACACCCCCCCUCAUCACACAACUUUAAUUAUCUGCUGUCAGAUAGUGGAAAGAGGGCCUAAAUGAGUUCUGUCAAAAUGAUGAUUUCAUUAUAAAAGGGCGAUCGGGUGCAGCACUGCGGUGAAUCUGCAUCUAACAAAUUUAAAUCAACCUCCUGACCUUUCCAGCAUCAUUCAGCUCCUCUCAUCGUCUGUCUGUCUCUGCUGUUUACGGACCCAACAGAUGAUGCAGGAAAGAAAUGCUUUUCUCACUUACAGGGCUGGAAAAGGUCAAGCAAAAGUUCCCGAUGCAACUUCUGCACCGAGGCAGUUCACGUCAGCCAAUCAAUACGUACAUGAGACUUUGGACUUUGAGAUGAGGAGGUGAAGCCAAUUCAGAAAAAUGGUGUCAGAUUUCAUGGAAGGAUCAGAACCAAGUGGGUUCAACCUCUUUGAUGUCACUUUUUGGUUCACUGCCAAUCACUUUUGAGCUGGGGUCUCACAUUUUAGCCUUUGCAAUUAACUCAUCCAGUGCCAGGUUCACUUACGCAAUUUUCACCCAGUGCCACCAUUCACCGCAAUAGAAAUUUCCGUAUCUUUCAGGACCCACAGAAUAUCUUGUGCUCAGACUAGAAGUAAGUGUGCGCCGAGACCGUUAGCUCUUGGCUAAUGACUUUGGCAUUUUCAUACUCUCCUCAUAGAGAGAAAGCACUCCACAACUAGGCUGAUUGGCACACUUCUUAUUGGCGAGUACUUGUUUUUGUUAUUGUAACAUGGUUAUGACGUAUUUGUUACCUUUUUUGCGACGACCCCAAACUUAGUCGCAUGUUGCGGAGGAGCGCCCUCUGGUGAAAAACAAAAAAACUAAAAAAUCCAUCAAAAUCCGUCAAUGGCACUUAGGGCAAAGAAAAAAAUCAGCCCAAAUCCGUCAUUGGAACUGGAUAGGUUGAAAAGGUUUAGAGUCUAAAGUUGCCAAAGUUGUAAGAGCCAUUGGACACCAUAAGAACACAUACUGAAGCUUCCUUAUAAACAAAUUGCCUGGAGAAAAAAAGGAAACUUUAACCAACUUUAGUACAGAAAGGUUAAGAGGAUGUUCAGUAGAGAAAGCCCAUGUUUUCAACACAUAGAUCUCUGAACUUUAAUGACUGUGUGGGCUGCCUCUCUUUAAACUUUCCCCUUAAGAGAUGAACAACAUUCAUCGUGUAAUACAUCCCAGUAAUGAGCACACUAAUGCAACAGUUCCCCACAGACGACGAAACAUACAUUAUGAGUGUAAACAUGCGGGAGUGUAAGAACAGAGGUGGCGGCGGCGGCAGCCUCACUGCCUCCACAUUAGUUUGUUUGGCAGAAGCACAGCAGGUCACAGUUUAGAGGGAUAUGAAGCACAGUUGGAAGGAAUCUUUGACCAGCCAGAUAAUUGCGCUAACAGCAGAUACCAAACUGGAAUCAAAGAGACUUUACAGCAUGUUUUUUUAUGGCUCUGACCUUCCUUUAUCAGAUCCUGUUGAAAAACUCCAUAUUAAGAAAUCUGCAGAAUGUUACCUUAAACACCGACUCUUAUGAGGUCCCAGUGAGGAGGCUCCUGGCAGCAGAAACGGAGAAUAAACAGCCGUUUGUUCUCUUACAGUCAGGAGGAUAGUAGAGUUAAAACUGCUUUUGUGCUUAAAGGAAAAACAAACCAAGGAAUCACAGAGGAGAUGAGUAGAGAUUCAAGGGAUACGCUAAAGGGAGCUAAUGGGAGCCAACAGCUUAGUGUGUCAACAUUUGUCAUCAUUAUCAAGCUGAGCAUACACAAAUCUGACAAACCGUGGCAAAUACGAAAGAUGAAUAGUUUCUGUGGAAGGGUUUAAGAUCCAUUAAGCAGCUUUUCUACACAGGCUGACUGAUGAACUCUGAGCAUGAGAAGAACACAGAUUUAUUUCCAGCUCACCAUAGUGGUCAAUGUGCAAGAGGCAUCCAAUUAAUGCCACCUUAAAGUCAGUUUUAUAUGGAAAAUGAAAAUCGAAAAUGCUGGACUAACAAGGGUUAUCACUGAAGUGUAAACUCAUACUAAGAGAAAACCCCAGCGCCUUCCUGCCCAUUUGUGUAGACACAAUCAAAAUUCAUGUCUCAACUUUUUUUUUCACCAUUUAAUUUUCAAUAACCACGCCUGCUCCCUUCACUGCCUCUCUAUGGCACAAGCCAUCACUCGGCUCUUUUGUAUCUGAUAGCUUCGGCUUUAAAUUAUGUCUUUAGAUAUGUCGUUUACCUUACAAUAUGAUACGAUACAAUUCAAUACAAUGUAUACUGAACAAAAAUAUAAACGCAACACUUUAGUUUUUGCUUCCAUUUUUCAUCAGCUGAACUCAAAAGAUCUAAGACUUUUUCUAUGUACACAAAAGACCUGUUUCUUUCAAAUAUUGUUGGCAAAUGUGUCUAAAUCUGUGUUAGUGAACACUUCUUUGCCAAGCUAAACCAUCCACUUCACAGGUGUGGCAUAUCAAGAUGCUGAUUAGAGAGCAUGAUUAUUGCACAGGUGUGCCUUAGACUGGCUACAAUAAAAGGCCACUCAAAAAGAUGCAGUUUUACUGUAUCGGGGGCGUCCAAGGCGGGUUCGGAAACCAGUCAGUUUCUGGUGUGACCACCAUUCGCUUCACGCAGUGCAACACAUCUCCUUCACAUAGAGUCGAUCAGGUUGUUGAUCUUGACCUGUGGAUGUUGGUCCACUCCUCUUCAAUGGCUGUGCGAAGUUGCUGGAUAUUGGCAGGAACUUGAACUGGAAUGUGUAUAUGCCGAUCCAGAGCAUCCCGAACAUGCUCAAUGGGUGAGACAUCCGGUUAGUAUGCUGACCAUGCAAGAACUGGGAUGUUUUCAGCUUCAAGGAAUUGUGUACAGAUUGUUGCAUCAUGCCUUUUUAUUGUGGCCAGUCUAAGGCACACCUGUGCAAUAAUCAUGCUGUCUAAUAAGCAUCUUGAUAUGCCAUACCAGUGAGAUGGAUGGAUUAUCUCAGCAAAGGAGAAGUAUUUACUAACACAGAUAGACAGUGUGAUACAAGACUAUAAUAUGAUAUGAUAUGAUACAAUAUCAAGCAAUACAAUAAGAUGUGAUUUGAUACAAUAUGAUAUGAUACAACACAAACAAUACGAUGUGUUAUGCAAUGCAAUAUGACAUGAUACAUGAGUAUAUGAUAUGAUGUGAUAUUAUGUGAUGUUAUAUGAUACUUGAGUGUAUGAUAUUAUGUGAGUUGAUGUGAUAUCGUGAUAUCAUGUGGUGUGAUGUAUUCAAUUUUUGUGGACUCGUAUUUCUGUCACUUAAUCAAGUUGUGCUUCAGUACAGCCUCCAGAUAUGACAUUCGGUGGUCAUUAUAUUUUCAAGCAAAGAGCUGCUGACCAGAGUGCUGUACUUUCAGAGCUGGGUGUUAGAACAAGCUGCUAAGAUAAUACUGAAUUAUUCAUCAUCCAUUUAUGAGUUUGAGCUCUUUGGCUGAUACCUGAACACUUGUUUUCUGUCUCUUUCUAUUUUGGUAUUUUACUGCGCACACGGUUUGCUUCCAUGGUUUGAGGAAGCGUCUUGUACCUCUGCUAUCAUGAAUAAGGUGUUGAUUCUUUGUCUCACAGGGAGAGAUGAGACGAUGCAGCCAGCCAAGCCGUCUUUUCUGGAGUAUUUUGAGCAGAAGGAAAGAGAGGCAAACAGCCACAACGAUGGAGGAGGAAGAGAAAACAACGCAGACAACCGCAAACUGCCUGGUGAUGGAGAUCUUGAAGUGGUGAGUAACACAUACAGUCACAGUGAGAGUGCCACAGACAGUAAACUACUGAGUAUCAGAGGUCCAGAAACUCACUUUUGAUAGCAACGUAACUUUAAAAAAGUUUAUGUUUGUGUUAUUGCUGCUGGAACCACCACGGUGCUCAGAGCCUGCCGUACAGCACCAAAUAAAACUCAUUUUAGUCUUUGGCUGCUGUGACCAUGUCUGACUCUGCAAACAUUACUUAAGCAACCUCCUGAAAUCAGUGAAAAGUGAAAACCCAGGACAAGACUGAGAACUUUGUACACAUGUGAUAGGAUAACACUGGUAAACAGGGCUCAGGUAUACUCUGGAGGAGGAGGUCCACUAAGAAGAGUGGUACAUAAUUUUCUCCACUUUCUGCUCCGUCCAAUUAACAAAGAUUUUACCCUGAUGACAUGUAAGUGUAGAAGACAUCCCUAAAGUUCUGGAGUUGUAUUCAGUUUGCUCUUGCUCAGUGUCUGAUAAAAAAGAUAAGCUGCCUGCAUCUCUACACUCUGAUGCACAGAGCUGGGCUGUGCACUCUAAUCCCAACUGCGCUCAAAUCUGUCCACAUGGGGAUGAUGAGCUAAAGGUAGGCCUGGGCGAUUUGGCAAAAAAAAUUAACACAAUAUAUUUUGUCAUAUCGUCUGAUCUCGAUUAUUGUCACAAUUUUUUUUAACUGCCUGUUUUAAAGCAUCUGUACUAAAAACUAAAGAAACUAGAGAUUAGUUCAAUAUUUUAUUAACAUACAAAGUAAAUAACAAAGCAAAUUGAAUAAGAAACACUUAGAAAAAUAUAAAAAACAUUUUAACUCAACAGUACAAAAAAUGUAGAUAAAUACUAAAUAAUACAGUGAUUUAGUUUACAGUCCUGAGUGUUUCUGCAGGUAUGCAAGACCAAUAUUUAAACAAAUUGCCCCCUCAGAGAUAAUGAAGACGCCUUAAAAUGUAAACAUUAGAUGAUGUAAAUGUAAAUGAUGCAAUUAAUCGAUCAAUCACUGCCGAGGUUUGGUGGCUGUACUGCUAGUUGCGCCUAAACCGCCAAUGCUACUCGUGCCGUCAGCAGUGACAGGCUGUACAGACUCCGCUCACAUUUUCAUGCUUUCCGCAGAAUUAUUUGGAAGGUACUUCUUCAAAUGAUUAAACAGAUGUGUUGUGUAGCUGGUUUUUGAGAGCACCGAUCGCUAACAUACCUUGCUCAUCGGCUUAAUUACUCAACGUCACUUUGGAGAAACCCGAACCACCGCCACACAACCAAGGUUGAAUAACUUCUCAACAAUAACAUCUUCGUAGGAUGACUCAAAGUCACGGCUGACAUCUAUCUUGCUGCCCCCAGCUCCGCGUUUAGCUCAAUGUUCGGUCAUUCUGUUUACUUCUCCUAUUUACUUCUCCGGCAACUUACAGAAGUGAGCAGGAAAAGCUCGACUCUGAUUGGCUGUUGUGACGCACAUUUCCUCUAUGAUUGAUCGAGUAACUAUGCUCUCAGCUGAUCACCGUGAUCGAACUGAAAUUCAUCGAUCAUGAUCAUAUAAUCGCCCAGUCCUAGCUAAAGGUGGAAGAGGCUCUUCUCCUGUUUGAUUUUAGAGUUGUUUCAUGACAGAUAAGGUACAACUUUGCACAUUUCAUGUCCAGCUUACUAAAGAGCAGCCUCUUUUGAUUAAAUAGAAAAUACUUUGUAAUGAUGGCAGUAUUAUCGGACUAAUGAACGGAUACUUGAAGUUUAGUGGAGGAUUUGUUGACAGUUUGAGUGAGACUUUCUCUAUUAACAAAAAAACGUACCUUCACAACCAAGAGAGCACUUUUUCUAAAUGAACGUAUGAUUGCCCAUUUUCAUAGUGUGCAGACAACACUCAUACACAAAGAUGGUAUUUUGCAGAAAAGUGACUCAGAGUAGUUGAGAUCCUAACACUGCAGUUAACUUUUGGUCCAUUUAUUUUCAGGCCAACUCUGGAGGAUUUUCUACAGUAAAUGAAAAAGCAGCAGUUGUUUGUUUUGCUUCAGGACACAUAAGCAGGACAAAUGGCUGCUGCUGCUCGAAUUAAAUAUUUAAUAUUUGACCUUUAAAUACGAGGUGGUCUCCUACCCUACCGCCUGUUCAGCUCUAAAUGCUAAGAGAUGCUUUUUCUUCUUCUGCUGCAGCACAGCACAUCUGUAAGAAAUCACAAAAACAAAGCUUUAAAGUUUCAUGAUAGAUGUGUAAGUAAACCACACCGUAUGGCACCAUAUCAUAUAGUGGACUUUGUGACUGCAGUUAGUCAUGUGGCCAAGGGCACAUGUGUGUGUAUGCAGUCUAACAUGCAUUUGAAGGUGUCAGGCUAACAGACUCGGACAGGUAACCGCUGCCUGAACCGUAUUUCAACUCUUGUUUCCCCAGAUCUUCAACGCUGCAAGUUUUCACACUCUCUCACACAGUAGCAUCUUUGAUAGAAGAGCUGGGUUUUAAAUAUCGAUUCAGUCACUCUUAAUCAAUUUCCCUUUAAUUGGGUCAUAAUCGAUUCAUAAAACCCAAAGAUGGAUCUUAUAACUUGAGUAUUUUUCCUUAUUGAACAUGCGGAGAAGCAGCCUGAAGUAUCAACCCUGCUAGUCUCGUGUGAUCAGCAUUUAGUGCUGCUUUCCACGGAACAAGAUCUUGUGAGAUAUUACUGCCAGCAAGCAAGCAAACAUGGCGGAAGCGAGUCCACCUCUCAAGGCACCGCCAACGAGUUAAUAACGAUGUUUUAAUAAUGUACAAUGUCUAAUGUUGUUAACGUUGUUAAAUUUACAGCAUUAUUUUAACUGAUAUCCCUGACUGAAUCAAUAUCAAAUUGAAUCAUGAAUCGAAUCGGGACCUUGUAAUAUUGAAUCAAAUCGAUCUGGAAAAUCUGAAUUGAUACCCAGCCCCAUCUGACAGGUGUACUGCCAACUACAGUGAUACUAGCACAAUGUUGGAAACAACCAACAACUCACGCUUUACGAAAAACCUGGUUAUAAAUAAAAGAAUCACCCAUCCUCACAGCUAACAAAGCUACAAAGUGUCACAUAUGGAGGUGAAGCUUAAGGAAGAAUAAAACCAGAAAAUAGAAGAGUAUAUAUUUCUUAAUUCCUGUCAGUAAGGUGGAUGUUUAACUGAGAUCUCAGUAAGAAAGCUGGUUUUAUUCUAUGACAAGUUCUUCAAACAUCAGCAGAACCUGCCUUUGGCAACCAAGCUGCAGGAUUUGAGCUCAAAAUGCACAAAACUCAUAGGUCUUGUGCUUUUAACACGAGUGUCUGCAGCACAAAUAUACAAAAAUGCUCACAAAUAGAGGUCAGCAUUUGCAGUAAACUUAUACGUCAGUGUUUACCCUAGAAUUUUCUUCAGCAGCGUCACUGCUGUGUUCCAGGGGAGGAUUUCACUGUUACCCCCACUCUCUUGCCACUCAAGGAGCUACGCUAUUACGUUCACCUUACGUUUCGUUACCUGGGCUAGUUGACAUAUAGACCGCGUAUAAGCUUGAACAUUACCGUUCACAUUAAUCGAAGAUAAUAUCAACAAUAUAUUUAUAUUAAGAUAAUAAUAAGAUAAUAAUAUUAGGAGAGGAGGCUGCUGCUUGAGGUUGUCAUGUAAAAAAAAACAUCAGUGUAUAGCGCUGUGGCUCAUGUUCUCCUGGCGUGCUCACCAAAUUUCCUUUUUGGUGUUUUUCCGCCUCUGCAUCCAUCUGCGCAGCUGCUGAGAGGAGGCAGUCAGGUGCUUCGAAGGCUUUCUGCAGGAAUAGAACAUUCAGCCCUCUGGUAUUUUUGUCACUUUCACUUGACUUUUUUUACGAGUGGACUCGAUGCUCAUUGGUUUGCCUAAAGCCGGCGUCUUCCUGGGCGGAUGUUUUUCUGCAUCAUUGAGAGUAUAAAGCAGUUUCUCUAAAUAGGCUUCAAAAAGAAAUGGGCUUCGCUUGAUGACACAAAUCCCACUCGGAGGGGAUUUAUUGUUCCAUUAGACUUGCAAAUGUGAGGAUAAAAAGCUAAUUUCUUCUGGGAUCUUCAACAGUUGAAGACAGUUUGCUGACAGCUUCACGCUGACGGUGUUUAAAUUUAGAUCUGUCUGCUGAGCUAUUUUGGUGUUUUAUUACUGGAUGUUUUUCAUUAUGAAGGAUUCAGGACAGGGAACUGUUGGACUCUUGGAAACUCUUUGCUUCCACUAGUUUGUGAUGUAGUCGUCUGAAUUUUUGGUCUUCUUCAUCAUGUAUCAUCUCUUAAGGAAAAGCUGCAGAAGUUUAACACCUUUAUUUUAAAACAACUUAGAUUUCAGAUUGUUUUAGCUCUUAUUUAUCUGCCUUGUCUAAUAUCGACUGUUUUAUCUGAGGUUUAUGCUCCUGCCUGUCCAGUUGUGUGACAAAGCAGCAGAAAACAUGUGGUACGAAAGCACUAACCUACAUAAUUCAUGAGGAAGAGACAUAGAACAGCCGAUCUCCAUCAAUCGCUCCAUUCUGUCUCCACUUUUCUGUUUUCCUCCAUUAUCUAUUUUUAUUCUCUCCUCAUUGGUUUGUUUUUUCCACAUCCCCCUUCCACUGCAAGCCUGUUUUUCCAUCUUCCUCCUUCACAUCUUCAGUAGAGCAUGGUUUCAUCUAACAGAUCCUGACAGAAGGUUAAACCCCCAUCACCUGUCACAUGUGAUCCAGGUUUUAAUAGAAAAAUAUCCUCCAAGACACUCAGCUGGGUGUCCUGAGAGUGGUUUUCCCUCCGUAACACUCAGUAAAUCACUGAUUUUCAUACUUCUGGCUGAUCUCAGAAAAGAACUGAAACUAAAGCUGACUCUGGUUUGAUUUGUGGUUAAAUGGACAUGAGUUCACGUGUGAUCUGAUGUCUCUAAUGAAUCAUGUAUGAAGCAGAUGUUUAGAGUUCGAUAUGAAGGCAGGGUCAUGUACAGUUGAGACGUUGGGUUUGAUUGGAGGGACUUGGAGCUUGUGCUGUUUGCUGAAUCCUAAUCUUUAUUUUUUGAUAUAAAAUGCAGAAUCAGGAGGUAUGGGACUAGAAAUCAGACUAUGGUCAGAAAUAUGGUCUAAUUGGACCAUAAACACAAUCAUAACACUUAUGAAUGCAUUUCUAAGGCUGUAACCUUUCAGAGCUAUUUAUAAGAAAGUUUAUUUAGUGCCAUAUAAAGGCGUGUUACCUUAAUGCAAAACGAACAACAGCAUCUCUUGAUUUAUUGGAUUCAUCACAUAUUUUAAGUUUAAGAAUUAAAGCUUCAUAAAGCAUCAUAGUCACAGUUUUUAUACUUGACGAACAUUGCUGUAAGUUGUUCUUGAUGUAUAACUGGUGAACCUGCCUCUCUAAGUGUUUAUUUCACAGAUACUCAGAGGGCUCUGUACUGUAUUUUUAUUGAGUUUUGGUGAGUCUGUUUGCUUGUGUGUGAAAGAGAGAGGGAGCAGAACGGCAUGUCAGCUAUAAGGUCAGCGUUAAAUAAUUAAUAAAGGAGUGUUUUUUUCUCAUACGUUCCUCAGUAAAUAAAACAUUGCAGCGCUCGCACCUUUAGAGAAGAAUAUACCAAAGUGUGAAAACUAAGACGGAACUCACGAGUUCAUUUCUCAGAGUAAUCUGUUUGUUUUCUCUCAUGUGUCUUCUUGAUCAUGACAGUGACUUUUGUCCUGUAUGGGACCUUUAUCUUCCUGGUAUGUUUUGUUAUUGCUGAUAUCCACCAUCUAACAAUGCUGCUUGGGACAGAAAUUAGUCACACGACAUUUGUCUUACAUUAAGUGAUGAAAAACCAAACAAAUAUGUUUUUCUUAUGACAUUAGUGUUACACUAAAAUUUGAUAUUUCCACUGAAUUAUCAUUCAUAUUGCAGCGUUUCUUCUCUGUCUGUAUUUUCUAAUUUGUGUUUUCUCAUGACUCUGGGCUAGCUGACAGACUGGUGAAAAAUCAGUGCAGAGAGACUGAAGCUGGGCUGCAUCUACGACCUUUGUCCCGCUGGUAUUUCAUAAAGAAGAACAAGUAUACGGAAAAGUGGACACUCGGGUCUCUUGUUUUAGUAGUUUGAGCCUCAUUUUAUUCAACCACAGCUCUGCAGAAAUGAUUCAUAUAAGUCGGCUCUUUAUGCUGAUAUUCAGCAUGUUUAACAACUUUAUACCUCUAUGUAUUCUGUAGCUUUGCAACAACGUUACUAAUAUCAAUAAUACUGUAGAAAAUAUAUGAUUCAGGGAACAUUAAUUUUUUUUGUUUUGGUAACACUUUACUUAAUGCCUACCUCUAAUAUAUGCACAAUGCGUUAUAAUCACUCAAAAAUAAUCAUAAUACUUUAUAGCAAUAAUCAGAACACAUUAUAAAGCAUUUUAUCAUGACUUACAAGGUCAGGUAUUAUAAUGUUAACUGUUUAUUAUAACUGUUAACAACUCUCUGACAAUGCCCACAUAGAUAAUGCAAUGCAACUGUGUUUAUAACUGUAGUUAUACAGUGCUAUAAUGUAAUUAUAAUGCAUUAUACAUAUAUUUAUAAUACGGUAUAGACGUAGGCGUCAAGUAAAGUGUUACUGUUUCGUCUUUGGAAACAACAUCAUUGUGUCUGACUGCUGCUCUCCAUUUGUCUGCAACAGACUCAAAUGUUAUGUGUGUCUUUAUAAGGCACUAAAAAAAACUCAGGGAGCAUCAGUAUUUGCUGAUUUGUGGAUAAAAGGAGUUGGCAGUGUUGUAUCUGUGGCAGAAGGUGGAGCAGAGAGACACAGCAGGUAGGAAGAAGUACAACUUCAGCACAAAAUGAACAAAGUUUCUCAUUCUCCCACAUGAGCAGAGGGAUUUGGUUUUGUUUUUCAGAGCGUAACACUACGAAGGAUAAAAUCUACCAAUUCGUUUUUGUUUCUGAGUUUUGAGGAUUUGUUUUCUGAACUAGGGCUCUAUCAGUACCUACCGACCACUAUUGCUUCUUUCUGACUCGCAGCAGCUUGUGGUUAAUGACUGUAGGAUAGUUUUUUCAUUAGCUUUGUGCUUUUAGAUAUUUAUCAUUCUAUAGUUUGUUGAAUUGAAAAGCAUCAAAGUAUUGUAAGUUUAGACAACCUUGGUAAUGAGGACUACGGGCACUUUGUAGUUAUACAUGUGUCUCUAACAGUAGGCCUAGCUGGCGGGGUGAUAGUGUUUUGUUCAAUAAAGGAGGAUCUACAGAAAAUAUGGGCGCAAUCUCUGAGGCUUAGAGGUGUAGAGCUAAUAUCAGGUCUCUGCCCUCUGAAUCUGUUGUACUUUGACCCCACUCAAGUCCAGGGGUCGGACCUUCAGUUUUCUUCAGGGUUAUCUGUGUUAGUGGACUUGGUGGCUGGUGUUAUUUUAGUGUCAUUGAUCCAAGGUAAUAAAUAGCUGGAGAGCUGAGUGCUGCUGGUAAAAGCUGAGAGGGGGAAUCCCUUGGGGGAGAGAGAUAAAGCAGGCAUCAGGUCUCUAACUGAGGCCUCCAGCAGAGAGGGAAGAGAUCCAAUAAAUGUCAAUAGAUAAAGCCUUUCAGAGCCUCAAAAAUAGAUCCUCUUAUCAGGCACCUUGAUUACUCUGUCAGGCUGCUGAUCUAUUUAGGUCAUGGUAAAGAUUUUCCCUAGUGUUUUUAAUGGACUGUGUUCACAUUGAUUUUCAGGGUCUUAAGUCAUUAAAUUAUCUCAAUGACCAAGAUUUUGAUUACAGGGAAACAAACUCCAGGGUUACAAAACCUCUGAGAAAAUGUUUGUAGGAUAGUAGUCAAUCUUUUUAUUGUUUUUCUUUUUUGUGAAAAAGCAUUUGACACGAAUCAAACUUGUACAUUGUGAUGGUCAAAGGCCAAGGUCAAGCAUCACAACAGUAGUCGAAAACCAAAGUGAGGCGUCAUCUAUCUCUCUUGUUAAGUCAGUGGAACCAAACUGUUGGGACGUUUUAAAGGUCCCAUAUAAUAAAAGAUAUGUUCGUCCUCUCCUUUACUUAAUAUCUGAGUCAUCCUCAGCCAAGUCAGGCCUGAUAAUGUAGAAGGAAAAAAGCUAUUGCUUUGGUUCUGCAGCCAACCGGAGGAAAUGCUGAGUCUAUAAAGUGAUUUAAAUAUGCUCUUGUGGUGAUUUGCAAAGGCAUGCAUCCAAAACCCCACCCGCUCUGAACUACUCUAUUUCGGUUUAGCUUUGGUGUUACAGAGGUAAGAUGCCAACUGAUAGAGCCAGACAGGCCAGCUGCUCUGUUGAAUGUUGAUAUUUUGUCCCAGCACCAGCGGACCAAAGGAAACAGUGGCUGCUUUUUUUACAUCAUGUUGGUGCUAAUGUAAUUGUUAUUGCCAAUCACUUCACCUUAGACUGCUUGAAAAUCAAGGUUGACCAUCUUAGGUACACACGAAGGGCAAAACAGAAGGAAUUAGGGCUGGGUGAUAUGGGAAAAAGUUUAUCACUAUAUAUUUUUUUUCACAUCAGUCGACAACGAUAUAUAUCACAACAUAAAUAAUAAUUCAAAAGACCCCACAGUUACUGCGUUAUGUUUAAUUGAGAUAAUAUUAUGAUUGUAAACUGACAGAGUAUGCCAGAACAAAAUUUAAAGUCGUUUAUCCGACCUGGCCCAGAGGCAGCAUAUUUCCUUUUUUUUUUGCUUCUGAAUUUAACACCUCACUUCAAGGCAACACAGAGGUUAACUAGAAUGAUGGCUUUAACAAAAUAAUUCCUGUGUUUUUGUGCAGGUGAGUACGUGGACUGUGGAGGAUCUGCGUCUACGUCUGGCCUCUCUUGACCCUCAGAUGGAGCAGGAGAUCGAGGAGAUUCGCCAGCGCUACCAGGCCAAGAGGAAGCCCAUCCUGGACGCCAUCGAGGCCAAAAAACGACGGCAGCAGAACUUCUGAGGGAGUUGUUCAGAGCUCCUCCCAGAAAACAGGUGUUUGUUUAAUCUCUGGAGUUGUGUACCGUCAGAAAAAACAGCUGAAGUUGCACACAAAAGGGUCGCACAUUUCUUCUAGAUGAACUGCUCUUGAGAUGACACAGCUGGAUGUGACGUCUCAGUUUGGAAAUCGUGGAAACUGCUGAAGAAAAACUUCCAAAGAGCUUUUCUCAGACAGAAAGUUUUGACUUUUACUGUGUCUUUGUGAUUUUGAAUCUGCCUUCUCUUGAAGGACUUCCUGUUUCUGGUUUUAUUGGUUUAAGGAUCGUGCUGCAGGUUUUUUUUAUUAUUAUUUCUGUCUUAAACUGCUGCAAAGAUUGUCAAGAAGCCCCUCAGUUGGUUUUGUUUUUUUACAUGAUCGUGUGGUACUAUUUGACUGUUCUGCUAAGGUACUGUUAAUGCCUGUCAUGCUGGUAAAAGCUGCUGAACUGUAAGUCUGGACACAAACUGGAUGUAGUCUAGAAAUUAAUCAUUCCCAGACCGUGGAAUGUUUGUUCAACACAGAGGGCUUAAAAAUGCUGAUAUUGUAGAAAAAAAAAACGCACAUCUGAUGCUACAUUUUCAAAACACAAGUUCAAGACAAUGUGAAGAAGUCCUGUUGGAUUUGGUUUCAAUUUGGGGUGAUAUCAAGAAAAUAUGGUCAAACUUUGAAAUCUGUCUCUUUAAAAGAUGUUAAUGUGAAAAACUUCUAAAUCUCAGUUUUGAUAUUCAGGCCUAAACAUGCUGCCAUCUUUGUAGUCCUUCUUCACAAUGCAGUUUAUUUCUAUAAUUCAGCGUUUUUAUGUUGCUGUUGCUGAGGAGAAUCAGGCACCAAUCAGCCAAAACACGACCACUGAAGCUGUUUUGAGUCACUUUCCUGGAACUCAUAUUUUAACAGAGAAAACCCCGAAAAAAGGUGAAAUUAUGAAGAAUUGAUUAAACACAAGAACCAAUCAAUAUCCACUCAAUUAACCAAAGCAUGUCCCCGCCCACUAUGGCAGGUGUCAACAUGCCCGUCUAUCUGGUUUGUAACUCCAUGGCUGUCUCACACCUCUGUACCUUUUUGUUGGUACCAUACAAACAGCUUUCUCUCUUUACGUCCCUUUUUAUUCUGCGGAGGUUUCGUUUACUUCUCGGCUCUUUAGCAUCUGUUGAUUCAGCUCAGCUUUCAGCUAAGGGCCCAAAAUCCAAACAACGGAGCAUGCUCAGAACGCUUUGGCCAGUUUCAGUCCAAUUGAGGCGUGUGCAUGUGUUCUCUAUGUAUGUUAGCCUGACUGUGAAACAUUAGAUUUAAUAGAAUUUCAGUCAGACUCUGAAUUUUAGAUGCAUUUCCAAAGUCCAGUUUCAGUCGGACUAACUCAGUAAUUUGAUAUUUUAGCGUGUUUUCUGCCCCUCUCCUCAAACAGUUCUCACUUUUAUGUGGUUUUUGCUGGAAUCAAGCAGCCCUACCUGCCCCCCAUAGGUGACGCUGUGAAGAGAUACUCAGUGGCGUUUGACUCACUUUUCAGUGGUUGUGAUGUUAUGGCUGAUCGGUGUGUUAUCACAGUAAAAGCAAAAGAGCUGUAUCAAGAGAAAAAAAUGAAGCUGUAGAUGUUUUUCCCCUGAUUAAGUCACACUGAAUGCUGAACAUGAAUAUACUGAAGAUUUUCAGCCUCUAUUUCCCUGGGCAGCUGUUGGGGGAUCUGUAGUUUUUCAUCCUUGUCCUUGUUGAACAAAGUGGCGCAUAUAUUUCCUUUAUCACUUGUGCUAACUCCCAGAAAGAUUUCAGUUCACACUUCAAAUGUUUUUCAUUUUCUAAGAUCUAAAUCCAACAUCUGAACAUCUGAUAUUUCUGUUUAGAUCGUCUCAGAGAUUUGGGUGGAAACGUUGACUUUGUCUCUGUCUGACCUUCAGUGCCCUUGGGUGUGUUAAUUUGGGUUUUUAUUUAAUUGUCUAGCAGCUGUGUUUCUUCCUCAGUGAGUCAUAAAAAGGCCUCCACUGGACGGAUUUAUGGACGAGAAUCAACAAAGCUUUUAUCUGCUGGAUUUAUGAGUCUGAUCUGGCUCUCUGGACCACGCCAAACUGUGCCAGGAAGCUUGGCGUCGACCCGCUGUGAUUUACUUCUGACAUUCCUCGGAGACGCUUGGAUGCUCAUCGCUCAGAUCUGCUGCAGGAACAAAAACAGGAGGAUUUAUAUUUUUCUACGCAGGUUUAGGACAGGAGUGUGUGUUAGAGUGAAAAACAGCUUCUCAGGUCUUUAAACUCCUCAGGGGUGUAAAAUAAUCGUCUGCAGAGUCACAGAAGCAUGUCUGUAUAUACGAGCACUCAGCUGGGUUUGUAUGUCCUGAUUAAUCUGAUGAGUUCAAGAGUUUAAUCCCCCAAAAAUGAAACAUUUAUCAUUAAGUUAUUACUUCAAAUAUAGACAGACAGCAAGUCAAAAAAAAAGAUGUGCGAUGCUUCUGGAGCUCAAUCAGACCUGAUAUCAAAGUAAUGUCUGCACCUCAAAGACUCAUGAACACGUUCUUCCUUAUUUUCUGCUCUGUGUUACAAGAAAAGAGCCUUUUUUUCCCCCUCUUGCCUUAUUUUGAUGUUCUGCUGUUUGUUUUUUGAAACUGUUAUCUGAACAAUGACUUGAUAUCGAAUCUGUUUUGCUGGAUUAAUUUUUGUUUUGCUGAAAAAGGGAAAAAUUUUAAAUAACUGAGCUGGAUUUUUCCGAAAAACCAUGUGUGAGCUGUUGGGUUCUGUGAUGCAUCAGGAAUUUAGUCGUAAUCACUGGAGAAGAUUUUAUUACAGAAAUUAAACUCUUCUAAUGCUUGGCAUUUGCCUUAAAUGUUUUCUUUUUUUCUUUCUUUGGACCAUUUGUUUGAAAUGUAGGGAUGAACGAUAUUUGAUUUCCUAUAGUAAAACAUUUCAUUUGUAAAACUGUUUCAAGGUCCAACUUUAGCCCAGUAGUUGAAUCACAACCACAUUCCUGCACUGAAUGCCCUUCCCACUCUCUUUGCGUUGUCAAAGCUGCUGUUCAGUCUAUAUAAAGGCGGAAAACCCCAAAAUAACCUUGCAAUUUUAUUUUUAAAAAAAAAUAAACAAUGGUUUCCUGGUGUUCACCUUUAAACUACAGAGCACAAAAGCCAAGCUUAAAACACACAAAUAUUCAAUAAUACGUCUUCCAGAUGGAGAAGAGAAUAAAUAUGAGCACAGAAAGCACAAAACAUGAACAUUUUUAUCAGAUUUAAAAAAGUAAAAUGAUUUAACAUUGAAGUGAUCACUUAUUGCUGCAGAGGAUCUUCUGCUCACCCUGUCAGGACUGUAAUUUACAUAAACACCUGUUCACUAUAUAGUUCCCUGCUUAUAAUAAAGCGUCAGACGCAUCUACACAAAGUACGGAUUUAAAGAUGUUUUAUAACAAGCCUCAAAAUAGCCCCUCUGACCUUUGCAUGUGCGCUGUGUUACAUCAGCUCUGCAGCUGAUCCAUGCCUGUUCUUAUCAGUCCUCAGGUUUCCACAGGGAGCUCUGCAUCUUUGCUCCAUCCUGAAGGUAUCUCGCUGCUCCUCUCUGCUAAUAAUACGCCCCACGUAGAGCUGGCCGAAUGAUCAGGUUUUAACUUCAAUUUUAGUUAUGGUUCGGUACAAUUACAAAAACGUGACCUUUGAGACUGAUCGUGAUACUCUUACGUAUGCUAUGUCUCGCUCGUUACCUUUAAACUUUUUACAUCGUUACCACUAAGUUUGUAAAGACAAUAAGGCUGGGCAAUAUGGCCUCAAAUCAAUAUCGUGAUAUAUCGAGCAGUUCAUCUUGAUAACGAUAAAUGGACGAUAACUACUCCACAAGCUGCUCACCCUCUCCCACAUUAACUCUAUCUACUUCAGCCGUCGCUCCAGCCACUACAACUUUUGAACUGUCCUCCAUCUCCUCACCUGUCUUUCCCUCUUUGUUAUGGACUGGAUGGGGUGGAGCCUAGUUUCCAACGUAGGACGGCGUCUUAACGGGACAUGAGACCAUAGCCUACCUACACACAUCCAAAACCAACUUUAAUUUAUUUAUUUUUUGACACCAAAUAUAUUGACAUGUGCAAAAUGACGUCGGUUACUGUCAUAAAUUUAGGUAUCAGUAAGUUUUCGGUUUAUCGCCUAGUCCUAAAAGAUCGGCAAGUUAGCAAUGCUCUAACAAGCUCUGCUGCUGGUGCACAGAUUGCAGGACAGAUAUUCCUCCAGUUUUCCCCAUCAGAGAUGGUAAUGUUUUGUCACAGUGUCCACAGGCAGAGCUUGAGUGUAGAGCAUCGUUUUAGGCUUUACAUUAAUUAAGUGCUUAAUGUGUUGACACAAUAAAACAGCCUCUUUAUUACACCAAAACUUAAUUCUUAAUUGAAUGAUUAUGUUCUGUAUUGUCGUGCAUCCCUGUUUUAAAGCUCUCUGUCCCUGUCCCUAAUUCGAUACAAGCCUCUUCCUGCUAAAGCUGGUAAAUUAAGGGUCCAAAAUCAAACCCCAGCAGGUGUUUGAAGGUUUAUUUUAGUCUUUAAUGAUCACUGAGCACCUGCAGCAUGAAGAGGAGCUGAGACAGAUGAAGCUGCACCGUGAACAAGAAUCACAACAGAUUUGAUGGUUUAUGCAGAACAAACUCUGAAAGCAAACGAAGGCUGUGCAUGCAGUUUAUCCUUUCAGCAAUUCUUAAAAGAGAGUGUUUGACUCCUCUUUUAAGUCAAUAGUUUGCAGGAGUUUCAUCAUAUCUUGAGUAAUGUUUAUCAAGAGCACCAGGUCAGAGAGAUAUACAGUGUUGGAAAAAAGUUUGGAAUAUUUUCUUCAGUGUUUCGUGUAACGUGAAUGAUCCUCCAACAAACGUGGCUGAACUGAUUCAGGCUGUGAUCCAAUGCUGGCGAGAAAUCCCGGUUGAAACUCUUACCAACCUAGUGACCAGCAUGCCCAGACGUGUAC